AUGACUUCAUCACUGAAGCUAUCUGCCUUUGGAGAUGGUGCAUUCAGCAAUCCAUCUUUAUACAGGUCCAUUGUAAGUGGCUUGCAGUAUGCCACAAUCACAAGACCUAAGAUCUUCUUUUCAGUGAAUAAGGUGGCACAAUUUCUCCAUAACCCUCUUGAAUCUCAUUGGAAGACAGUCAAAAGAAUUCUUCGAUACCUAGCAGGCACAACGCAGUAUGGUCUGAGAUUCAGCGGAUCUACAAGUCUCAGAAUCUAUGGAUUCUGUGACUCCAAUUGGGCCAGUGACAUUAACGACCGCAAAUCAACUAAUGGCUAUGGUAUCUACUUUUGGGUCAAAUCUAGUUUCCUGGGCCAGCAGGAAGCAAACAGCAGUCUCUAA